AUGGCUUCCGAAUCAAGGCUCUACAACAUCUCCGGCGAGACCAAGGAGCACCUGCGCAAGUUCCGGCUGACGACAUCCCGCGCCAGCAAGCCGCAAGCAAUCAUCUACCUGAUUGAUAAAUCUACCCACGAAAUCCGCCAGGACGACGACAAGACCACAUACACGUCCCUCGACGAAAUCGCCGACGACCUCCCCGACCAUGCCCCCCGAUUCAUCCUCCUCAGCUACCCCCUGACAAUGCCCGACGGACGGUUAUCGGUGCCCUACGUGCUUCUCUACUACCUCCCCAUCACAACCAACGCCGAGACGAGGAUGCUCUACGCCGGCGCAAAGGAGCUGAUACGCAACACGGCCGAGGUCAACAAGGUCAUUGAUAUAGAGUCGGCGGAGGAUCUGGAGGACAUUCCCAAGCAGCUGGCCACGGAGAAAUAUUAG